ACAAAUUUGCCCGUAUCAUACGUAUCAAAUGUGUUAAAAAAUAUUGACACUAGAGCUGGUUUAUAAUUCAAAAUAUUACGUUUUCAAAUUCAUAGAAAAUAUAUUGCUGUUUUUAGUUCUUUCUUUCGUUUAUUUUUUCUAUAACAUCUUGCGGUACUCUACUUAGCGGAUGUAAACAAAGCCGGUUCCUGCUUCCGGUUACGAUUCUUGUCCGCUUCAAAUAAAUUUUUGUUCCAUAUUCAAAUCGGAAAACAUCACCAUGAGUAAAGCACAUCCUCCAGAGUUGAAAAAAUAUAUGGACAAAAGGCUUACACUAAAAUUAAAUGGUGGCAGACAAAUUGUGGGUACUUUACGAGGAUUUGAUCCCUUUAUGAACUUAGUAGUGGAUGAAUCCAUGGAAAAAUUAAAAACUGGUGGAGAACAACCUAUUGGAAUGGUGGUUGUUAGAGGAAACAGUAUAGUAUUAUUAGAAUCUUUAGAGAGGGUCUAGUGGUUUGUAGAUCAAACUAAAAAUUGUCAAGAAGACAAUGCAAAAAAUCAUGUUGUAUUUUUCAUUUUAAAUCAUUUUUUGUAGAUCAUUGUCAUUCUCAUAUUUCAUCAUGUAAAUAAAUUCAUGCCUUCAUCAUUA